AUGCAUUUUCGGAUUUUCUUUUACAUCGGUAAUGUUCGAUUAAAAUCAACAUAUCCUAACGAUAAUCAAUAUUGGUCUCUUAAUUCUAUACAUAAUUUGUAUUAUACACAUGUUCCAUCUCAAAAUUCGUCUUUUUCUCAUAUUCAUUUAAAUAAUAUUCAUUAUUUAGAUUUGACUCUACCGUUUGACGACUCAUGUUGGUCAGUGGUGACAACACUUGAACGAUUAAAAUGUUUAAACAUUGUGUCAUAUGGUAAUAUGGAUUUGAUUGAUAUUCAUUCGAAAUUACAAAUUUUAUGCAAUCGAUCACCUCAUCUUCAUUCAUUAAAAUUUUUUUCAUGGUUUGCUCAAGAUGAAUUUCCAUUUGAUAUAAAACAUUCAUCCAUUCGACAACUUGAUUUACAAGGACUAAAUAUUGUAUAUAAUCAACAACAAUGUUUGGAAUUAAGUCGUUCAUUUAUCGGUCAACAAUGUGAGGUUCUUUUUAUUACUGUUAAGCAACGAACAGAUAUAAUUGAUUUGAUUAAUAAUAUGAAAAAUCUUCGUGCAUUAAUCGUACAAUGUACUAAGACAAUGUCAAUGCAGAAAGAAAAUGAAAAUCUACUUGAAUGGUUACAACAAAAUUUGCCAAUGACAUGCUCAAUUUCAAAUUCUAUUGAAGUUAACAAUAAUAUUCGUUUGUGGAUUCGUUAA